UUCCUUCGUCAUGGGCAGCUGACAAGGGGGAGAAAAGUGGUUAUUAUCCCCUUGAGGGUAGCAUGUGCAAUCCUGAUGCCAGAAGUUAGCAAAGCUUUCCCUUUUGAAAGGUCCCAAGCAGCAUACAAUAUUGGCCCGCUACCUCUCACUGGCCACGCACACGUGGGGCUGAACUCGGGCAUAUCAGUCCCCUGCGAGCUUGGCUCCAGACCCUUUGGCAGCUCUGCUCAUAGCUGCUAUAUAGCAGUAUUUGAAGCUCUUUUCUUCCCAGAUAAGGCCAGUGCCUCCAGCCCCACUCCAGCUCUUCAAAUCCAGUCUUAAAUCAUCCAUGUUUCCUUUGGCUUGGGAUCAAUGAAAUGAAGGAAGCAAAGCAACAAAGCCACCAAGUUGUGUUUUUGCCACUGGUAGAAACUUUUCUGUUGGAGAAUGCCAUUUGCAUGAAGCCAAACUGUUUUUUGGGAAAUGCUGUUGAUUUUCUUUAAAAAAUGGUUUUGAGAAAACCAUGGGACACUUGUUUUACCAUGCCGGUGUUUUCAGGAUGGAAAGCACUGCUUCAUUUGGUUUCAGAAUUGAAUGUGCUUUAAAAUUUCAGAAAUAGGAAAGUAGCUGGAAUGGAAACAUAUGCUUGUUUAGUUUUUUGAAUUGAUCAGAAAAAUACCUUUUGCUUGUUUAAAAAAAAAAAAAAGCCUACUUUUUUUUUUUUUCCUGUGGAAUUUCAUUUCACAGAAAGCUUCAAAAUGUUGGCUUUUCCCUGAGUAAGGAUAGAAAAUCCCCAAAGUCUUGAAACUUCAUUGGUUGUAAAAUCCACUUUCUGAGCAGCUAUUUACUCAAAUAUAAGAUGACCCAUAUAAUGUCAACUAUAAGAUGAUCCCUUCCCCAAAGUAAUUAGAUUUUAUCUAUGGGGAAUUUAUAAGUGUGUUAUACUUUUCCAGGUAGAGAAGCUAAUUAUUGGAGAUUUGCCUUGAAUUUGUCUCCCUCCCACUGCUACAGCAGAGAAAAUAAAGCAGAUUUGAAAACAAUAACUUUGAAAUUUAAAUGUAGCCAUAGUAAUCUGCAUAUAAUGCCCAUAUGCUCAGUUCAUCCAGAAUUCAUGCAUUACCUUUUUAUGAAACUGUUAUGAGUUUUUAGCACAGGUACUUCAUAUGCAUACUUUAAAGCAGCGCUUGGAUAGCCAUCUAUAUCUGUAUAUCUUGUUCACGGCCAAAUCUCUUCCAAAUUCGGUUGGGCAAAGCACAAUAAUCAAGUUCCAAAAUUUGACUGAGCAGAGCUCAGUUGUCAAGCCUGUGCAGCUCUGCCACUGGGCAAGUAUCCUCCUCCCAGGCCGAUCAGUCUGGGAGUUUUAGGUACUCCCCAAAUCCAGGCAGGCAUCCAACAUGCAAGCCUUGGGUCUGGAGGCCUUGGGGUUCAGAUGUCCCUAGUCUUGCUUGAUAGAGCAUUAGUUUAUUUUUGUGGUAAGAGGAUGCUUUUUUUCUUUUGUGGUAGGAUGCUUGCCAGUAGUAGCGCCACACAGACUUGAACAACUGAACUCUGCUCAGUUGAUAGAAUUUGGAAACAAUUUGACUAAUAUGGCCUGAAACAAAUUAAAAAAAAUAAUCUUGUGGUAGGUUGUUAUCAGCAUGUUUGCCCAAUAUGGGUCAUGUGCCUUAUAGUCAAGUGAGUGUUGGGUGCGUUUAACCAAUUUCAUAGUUGGUUUCCAUUACUGAGCACAUGCUGCUUUUUGGCAGCAGUUUGAUGAUAGCUAGUGUAUUUAAUGAGGUUUCCUUGUAAGUGAAUGCAAGAUGAGGGGCUUUCCCACCCAUGCCUUGUCUUGUAUUCAACUAAGUAUGGUAUCAAGCUUUUGCUCGGCAAUUUUUUGUAUCAAGAUGUCUUUGGGCUAGAACUGCCUGUGGGAAACUUGCAAAAAAACUGGCUUUGCAUAAGACGCUGUAGCUUUCCUCUAUGUGUGGCAUGGGUUUGCUUAGAGAAAGAACAUCCCCACGUGCUCAGCUGUGUUUCUCUAGGCUGCGAGCUGAAUGCCAGCACCAGGAAAUAUAUCGUGAAGGAAGAGGAUGACUUCUUGGAGCACCUGGUCUCGCUGAAAACAAUCUGUCUCGGGGCAGAGGCCAAGGACGAGCUUAACGUGGUGGCUGUAGCAGCAAAAAACACCUAUGGCGACAACACGCCGAUGCCCAUCGCAUCGCUGAAGCUCUCCGUUCUUCCCAUGGCUACUCUGGACGGCUUUGAAUUUACCCCUCCUGUGGAUUUUGUGUUAAAAUCUGGAACAGGGCCAGUCUAUCUCCAUGGACAACAUGUCAUUUUGAAAGAUUAUGAAGAAUAUGAGGCACCUUGUGAGGGACUGGAGAAUGAGGAAGAAGAGACAGAAGCAGAGAUGGAAGAGAAGGAGAAGAGUGUAGUGGAAGAAGAGGGGGCAGCAUCCUGCUGAAUCUGUCUAGCCCCGAGCAACAGGGUCUGUGGCCUGCAAGACUAUUACUGGGAAGUUUGGGAGCAGCACUGUGCUGCUCUGAGAUGAUUAAACUCUGCUGUGUGUCGUC